AUGUGUGACACUCGAAUCCCUCGUCCACAGAAAAGCAUACCGAAACGUGUUUAUGGUGCGAUCACCGCACCUUUCAGGUCGAGCAAAGAGGAUAAGUCUAACUCAGAACCAAACAACAAAUUAAUUGAACAAUAUCUGCAUAGAAUACGCCACGAAAUAAUUUCUGAAGGGAGAAAUCUUAAAAAGAAGUAUGUUGUUGAUCAAGAUGAUCAUUUGUACUUACAAGCAUCGAAACUUAUGAAUAAAGUUAUUCAAUCAAUUGUUGACGUCACUCGUGGAACUAAUCCAAAUGAAACACGUCAAGUUCGAACGGAUCUUAUACAAAAGAUAGUUGGACUUAUCAACACUUUAAUCAAAGAUGUUAAUUUAGAAUUAAGGCCCUGUUGUUUAUCACUGAACAAGCCAUUAAAAUCAAUAUUUCAUACAUGUACUGUUGUUCUCUUAACAAAGUAUUAUUACAACGAGCAGCAGAACCAUUUCUUACAACAAAUAUCAACAUUAAGUGAUAAGAAAGAUGAUUUACGACUUUACUUCAUAAAUAUGGUUGUUCCAAAUACCAUUGACGACUUUAAGUGUGCAGUUAGUUUGUGUAAACAUGUUAGAGAGUAUGCUAUGAAGAGUUUAUCUGAUGAAGGUCAAAAGAGUAUUAACAGUGGAUUACGACAAUAUGAAAAUUUAAAUCGUAAAUGGAUUCAAGACUGUUGUGAUGGAAAAUUAUUUACAGCUGAAACACAAUGGCAUUUGGAUUACAUUGAAAAUCCAACAAAAAUUAUUGAAGAAUUUUUUUAA